UCCCUCCAUCUGGCCCUCCUCUGUGACUCAAACUCCGGCUUCAUCUGCAACAUGUACCUGUACUCUCCAGAGCAGCUGCAGACUCAGAGUAACACGCCUGUAGUUGUGCAAGUGGUCAAACGAUUGGUAGAACCUUUCUGCGGCCAAGGGCGGAUUGUUCAGCUGGACAACUCGGCGAGGAUGGAGGGCAGACUGAAAACAAUCUUCUCUGAAUUACAGAUUAAUAUUCAAUUGCCACCAUCAGAAAAAAAGCAAACAAUAUUCCUGGCAUCAUCUUCAUCUCUGUCUAAACCUUCAGAGGAGUCAAAGUCAGAACUCACAGCCCACCUUCAGGGCUGGACUGGACCUGUUCUGCUCCCUCUGUCGGACCAGAGCGGCUCUGGGGCAGAUGCGUUCAUGCCGGGCUUUUGGGUGGCCCUUCACACCGUCUGCAUCAACACGUUUGUGCUCCACACUCUGCAGAGACGGGCCUCAGGCAGGACGGUUCCUCUGCCGGGGUUCACCAGGGCUCUGGCCUCUCAGCUGGCCGCAGACAGCAGCAUGGCUGUGCCUGUCCUGCCACGACUGAACAGCGGCUCCAACCAGGAAACCACAAAUCUUUCAAAGCAAAGGUCAAACACAAAUGGCUGUUUUCAGAUGAUGGAGGGCACGAGCUACAACUUGAGAAGUAGGCCAUGCACGCCAUCGAACAAGCAGGGCAAACCAGGAGUUGUUGGGUUAGACAACAUCGGCAAUUCGUGCUACUUCAAUGCUGUGAUGCAGUGUCUCUGUUCAACCAUGCCCUUUGUAGAAGACCUCCUCAGUCAGGAAACACGCAGAGAGCUGGCAAAGUGCGAGUGCGGGAUCGCGCAGGUUUUCAUCGAGCUUCUGGAGCAGAUGUGGCAGGGGAGUAGCACCAGCUGUUCCCCUGUGCAAGUCAUGUCUGCGCUGCCCUCCGUCUUCCCCCAGUUUGACAGCUACACCCAGCAAGACGCACAAGAACUGCUGCUCCACCUUCUGGACGCUCUGCACGAAGACUUAAAAAAGAUGCAUUUGUCAAGAAAACAGCCAGGAAAGAAUCAGAGCAGAAGCUCCAAAACUGAGUCCACCAUUGUCUCGGAUCUGUUUGAAGGCCAGCUAAGCUACCUGACCAGCUUCCUCCACUGUGGUCAUGAGGCGCGCAACAGUCAAACCUUCACCAUACUGUCACUUCCCAUCCCAAACGGCAACAAGAAGUGCUCCAUUCAGGAUUGCUUAUCCCUGUUCUUCGAGGAGACUGUCCUGACUGGGGCGGAGCAGAGCUUCUGCUCAGACUGUGGCCUAAGAAGAGAAGCAACAGUGCAAACUUAUUUAAACAAACCUCCAGAGAUUCUCAUUUUGCACCUGAAACGGUUUGGCUGUAAGGGGAGGAGACAGGUCAAGUUGUCAGCCAAUGUGUCGUUCUCCAUGGAGCUCGAUAUCACUCCGUUUCUGUCCAGCUCGGUGCGGAGUUGGUCAUCUUACCAUCUGUAUGCUGUUGUGAUCCACAGAGGUAACCUGGACAUGGGUCACUACACGGCUCUGUGCUACAACUCGGUGCUGGAGACGUGGCAUUGGUUUGACGAUUCUCUCGUCAAGGAAGUGCACGGGAGCGUCGUGCAGUCUCCAGACGCUUACGUUCUGUUCUACAGCUGCGACCCUUUCUAGAUCCAAGAGCUCUGGAAUCUCCAUCCUCAGCGACGGAUAAUAAAAUGCAUUGCCACACAAACGCAAAAUUUGUUGCUUGUUCUCCAGCUGGCUCCUCUGUAGGACGAAAAAAAAAAACUUUUAAAAAACCAGCUUAAAUUGACAAUGUAAUCCAAUUCUGGAUCAAAUUAAGAAAAAAAAAUGCACAGACAAUUUAUUUGAAGCAGUUUUAAUAAAUAGUCAUACAAGUUGUUUUGAGGUUAAUAUAAUCAUGUUAAGCAAUUUGUAUUUAGAGAAUUAAGAAUAAAAGAUUGAAUGAAGAAAAAAAAAAACUGAUUAUAAUUUCAUGCUAGGCCAUAAAAGUU